AUGAGGGAUCGGCCCGUCAUCAGCAUCGAAAAUUACACCAUAUACUGCGGCGAUGCUGAUGAGAACAAAGUAGGUGACUGCGUGAUAGCUGUGAGGAACGAUUACAAGAACCUGGUAGAGGAAUUUGGCUCAACGUUGUCUAGAUGCGCCUUUCUACGACUGCGGGAUCGCAGAGGACGUAAACUCUGGAUCGUAAGUGCUCACGCACCUACGGAAACCGCUGAGGACAACAGUAAGGACGCCUUCUAUGAUGAACUCAAUGCGUUGAUGUCUAAAAUACCAAGCCAGCAGGUGGUCAUUGUCGGAAUCGACGCAAAUGCGAAGAUGGGACUCGAACAGCAAUCCGAUGUGCUAGGAAAAUGGUACUAUGCAGCGGAGCGCACGUCGGACAAGGGUGACCGUCUCGUCGACUUGUGCGAACAGACGGGCCUCAUCAUCGCUUCCACGUUUAAGAGGAAUCAUCGACCCCAUCAGCUCACGUGGCAGGGGUCAACCCUUUUAACGCCUGAAGAGCAGCGCAAGCGGAAGAUGAGGACUCUUUAA